CCCACCAAGGUGUGAGCGUGUUGGUCCUACCAGGGGUUGUGGUGCUCGCCUCGUUGCUCAUCGCUCAUGAGGCUGUUGGUCCUUGUCCUUCUCGCAGUCACGCACGGGAUGACCGCACAGCGAGCAGAGCUGCUCGGGAGAGGCAAGUGGAUCGAGGUGCUUGGGGGCUGCCCCGGAACGACAAUCAUCCCCAAGUCGAUUGACACUAAAUCGUUCGGCUCGACGACAAUGGCCGCCUGCGCCGAGCUGGUGGAGGUGCACCGCCGUGCCGGCGACUGCGGCUCCGUAUUCUCGGUCCGUGAGAAGUUCGAGUUCGGCCAAGGGGCUCUGGACGGGACCGUGUGCGCUUGCUGCCCUGAGGAAGGGAUGCUCGGCGACAUGGCGCGACAGCUAGACCGCAUCCACGGCGACCUCACCCUCGAGGACCGAGACGGCUGGUCCGUCUACCGGCUCGGCGGCGGCGGCGGCGGCGGCGGUGGCGGCGGCGGCGGUGGAUACGGCGGCGGUGGAUACCAUCACUACGGCUACGGCUACGGCGGCGGUGGCGGCGGCGGCGGCGGAUGGCACGACCACGGGCACCAAGGCGGCGGCUACGGCGGCGGCGGCGGCGGCGGCGGCGGCGGAUAUCACCACUACGGCUACGGCGGCGGUGGUGGUAACCACGGCGGGGGAGGCCGUUACCACUACCUCGAGCUCGCCGCCGGCGCCAUCUCAACCCCCUCUGGCACCCACGCCACGCUCGCCGCGGCGGCCGGCGUGCUCGUCCUCGUCGCGGGCCUGGCUGUGGCCGUUUCCCGCGGCUCGCGCAAGGGAGAGGCGGCCAGCGAGGCCACCAAGGGCAAGGCCGCGGCGGCGGUGCCGCCCCUCGUGUGAGUAGCGUUAGUUGCCUCGCUUCGCCCUCGUCGGCAGAUCCAGCCGAGACGACUGUGGCGGAUGGGGUCCCGCACGAGCGGCUUGCCAAAGGCCCGGGGGGCGUGAGGGGGGCGAAGGCCCGGGGGGCGUGAGGGGGGCGAGGCACCGGCUCGUCGAGCGCCAUCCGCGGCCGCAUGUGGCGGGCAAGGCCAAGGGAGCGGCCAUGCCGCUCGAGAUGGCGGCGAGGGUGAGCAUUUGAGCAUUUGGCGGGGAUGCCUGUCUCAGAGAGGACUUUUUGGCAUACUGGCAUGAAAAUAAAG